UAACCACAAAAUCCCCAAAUCAAUCGUCGUUCUCAAUUGCACACAGUGUGCCACCUUCCUCUUCAUUUUAGGGUUUUUCGAUUCGAGCAAGCAAUUAAACUUAGCUCGCGACGUGUUUCUUGGUUUUCGAUGAAACGAUGAAUCAUCCCUCUGUUAUACUCUGUAAUGAAGAAAGGUACUACCUUUGACACCAGAAACUUCAUUCACCUCUUUACUUUUCGGUCUUCCCAAUCCAUCCCCAACGCUCGUAACCUCUCUUCCUCAACGAUAACUGACACCACAAGACCUUUCCCUGAUUACUCCCCGAAGAAACCUUCAGUGAGAGACACCGAACUCGUCCACCAAAUCGCCAAUGUGAUUAAGCUUCGUCGCGCUGAGCCUCUGAGGCGUAGCUUAAAGCCUUACGAAUGCAAGUUCAAGACUGAUCACUUGGUUUGGGUUCUGAUGAAGAUUAGGUCUGAUUACAGCUUGGUUCUUGACUUCUUUGAAUGGGCACGCUCCCGUAGAGACUCCACUCUUGAAGGCCUUUGCAUUGUCACUCACUUAGCUGUGGCGUGUAAGGAUUUGAGAGUGGCUCAUUCUAUGAUAAGGAACUUCUGGGAGAGACCGAAGCUGAGUGUUGCUGAUUCCUUUGUACAGUUUUUUGAGCUUUUGGUGUAUACUUACAAGGACUGGGGCUCGGAUCCGAAUGUGUUCAAUGUGUUCAUCCAAGUACUAGUUGAGUUUGGGAUGGUACGUGAAGCUAGGAAAGUGUUUGAGAAGAUGUUGAAUUACGGGUUGGUUCUCUCUGUUGAUUCAUGUAACCUUUACCUUGACCGUCUUUCGAAAGAGUGUGAUAAAAAAACUGCAACGGCUGUUGUAGUGUUUAGGGAGUUUCCUAAGGUGGGUGUUUGUUGGAAUGUUGCUUCUUAUAA